AAAAAGCUGCGCCUCUGUAAUUUCCAUCUUGAAGCGUUCUUUUGGGAGUGGGUAUUUUCUAAUACAGUUUCAAAAGUCAGCAUCAGAGAGGGCUGCGAAAUUCUCAGCGCUUCAUUCCUCUUUCUUUUCUGGAAAGGGCAGCAACUUUGUCGUUUUAAGGGAUUUUUGUAUGUAUUUUUUAAAUUUCGGGAGGCCAAUUACUAGUUCACUAGCAAUUACUGCGCCGCAUCGGCUGAUAGACAAGCAGACAGGCUAGCUGAACAUCGCGGGGCUGGAUUUGCUCUAUGUUCGUGUGGGAUUCUCACAGAAGUUUCAAGCCAAUGAGAAGUGGGAACUGCAGACAGAGAUACAUGAUACUCACUGUUACCAUUCUGGCUCUCUGUCUUCCAAGCCCUGGGAAUGCACAGGCACAGUGCACGAAUGGCUUUGACCUGGAUCGCCAGUCAGGACAGUGUUUAGAUAUUGAUGAAUGCCGAACCAUCCCCGAGGCCUGCCGAGGAGACAUGAUGUGUGUUAACCAAAAUGGCGGGUAUUUAUGCAUUCCCCGAACAAACCCUGUGUAUCGAGGGCCCUACUCGAACCCCUACUCGACCCCCUACUCAGGUCCGUACCCAGCAGCUGCCCCACCACUCUCAGCUCCAAACUAUCCCACGAUCUCCAGGCCUCUUAUAUGCCGCUUUGGAUACCAGAUGGAUGAAAGCAACCAAUGUGUGGAUGUGGACGAGUGUGCAACAGAUUCCCACCAGUGCAACCCCACCCAGAUCUGCAUCAAUACUGAAGGCGGGUACACCUGCUCCUGCACCGACGGAUAUUGGCUUCUGGAAGGCCAGUGCUUAGACAUUGAUGAAUGUCGCUAUGGUUACUGCCAGCAGCUCUGUGCGAAUGUUCCUGGAUCUUAUUCUUGUACAUGCAACCCUGGUUUUACCCUCAAUGAGGAUGGAAGGUCUUGCCAAGAUGUGAAUGAGUGUGCCACCGAGAACCCCUGCGUGCAAACCUGCGUCAACACCUACGGCUCUUUCAUCUGCCGCUGUGACCCAGGAUAUGAACUUGAGGAAGAUGGCGUUCAUUGCAGUGAUAUGGACGAGUGCAGCUUCUCUGAGUUCCUCUGCCAACAUGAGUGUGUGAACCAGCCCGGCACGUACUUCUGCUCCUGCCCUCCAGGCUACAUCCUGCUGGAUGACAACCGAAGCUGCCAAGACAUCAACGAAUGUGAGCACAGGAACCACACGUGCAACCUGCAGCAGACGUGCUACAAUUUACAAGGGGGCUUCAAAUGCAUCGACCCCAUCCGCUGUGAGGAGCCUUAUCUGAGGAUCAGUGAUAACCGCUGUAUGUGUCCUGCUGAGAACCCUGGCUGCAGAGACCAGCCCUUUACCAUCUUGUACCGGGACAUGGACGUGGUGUCAGGACGCUCCGUUCCCGCUGACAUCUUCCAAAUGCAAGCCACGACCCGCUACCCUGGGGCCUAUUACAUUUUCCAGAUCAAAUCUGGGAAUGAGGGCAGAGAAUUUUACAUGCGGAUUAUUUCCGGUGCUCCUGCAGAAGAGGAAUGUAUUCAAGUUACUUUAAACCAGUGGCCCUCAACCCUGGCUGCAUAGACGGAUAACCAUUAGAACUUUGGAGGAAAGACUGAUUCCCUGGGACAUGCCCCCAGACACUCUGAUGUCAUUGGGCUUAGGUAGGGCCCAGCCAUCAGGAUUUUUGAAAACUUGACUACGUAGCCAGAGUUGAGAAUAUAUUGUUAUAAACCCUAGAAAGAGAGGUGGACAGAUGGGGCUGGAGCCCUAGGGGCCUUGCCCUCAAUGUCUUUUCUGCUCAUUGUAGGAUUCAUUAUUCUUUUCCUGGUCAGGGUCUCUGGACAUCCUUCAAGUCUUAGAACCCUGUGCAGGGGCCAAGAGAGUCAACAUUGCAAGUCACAGGAGAACAGGUUGGGAUGGCUGUCUUUAUGUGCCAUCCCAGGAAUCAACCCAAGGCUUCAGGAAAAAAGUGCACUCCCUGAUAGCUGAGAUGGAGUCUACAGAUCCAUCUGAGGGUGCUCCCAUCCUACCUUUGGUGAGGUAUUCAUUAAGGACCCCCACAGUGCCUAUCAGGAGUUGUGCCCUGGACCCCUAGUCUUAGUAGGCAUUCCACAGAUCCUUGUGAUAUGGACAGGAGACAGGGAAAUACUGGGUAGAAGAGGGUGGUUCCCUGGCAAAGGCCCCACCCUCAAGCCUGGGUACCCAUGGCCCUAAAUGAGGACAGGCAUUCCUGUUUUCAUCCCUAAAAAGUUGCCUUUUGGCCUGCCAUGUCCCCUAUCCUGCACCCAUAUAAACCCUGAACCCCAGGCUCCAGGCUCUAGAAGCAGAUGGGGAGACAAGAAGAUGAGCAGAUAUGAAUGGCAGAAAAGCACGGCAAAGAAGGAGAGAAGAGAAGGAACAUUGGGAGGAAUUCGACUGGAGACGAUCUGAAAACUGGCCACUGAAUGGCCAAACUCCAGGGGAAGAUCAUCUUCCCACUCCAUCCCCUGUCCAGCUCCCCAUCCAUCCUACUUAGAGCCACCUCCACCACUCAAUAAAACCGCUGCAUUCAUCCUGCAAA